AUGUCGGCCCCAGCAGAGUCUAAGCGAGUUGACGGAGAGAACGAAUACGCAGAUGCUGAGAGGAACUAUCAGCUCAAAUCACCAAAGUUCUGGACGAUUAUUUUAGGGGUCUACUUGUCGAUCUUCCUGAUUGCUCUGGAUAGAACUAUCAUCGCAACGGCCAUUCCCCGUAUCAGUGACGAAUUCCACUCGAUCAAUGAUAUUGGUUGGUAUGGCAGUGCCUAUUUGCUCACGGGGGCCUCAUUUACCCCGAUCUCUGGUAGACUCUACCAGCUCUACUCCACCAAAUGGUGCUUUGUCACGUCGAUUGUGAUCUUUGAGGCGGGAUCUGCCCUCUGUGGAGCCGCGCCGAGUUCAACUUCCUUUAUUGUCGGACGCGCUAUUGCUGGUCUUGGAGCUUCCGGUAUCCAGUCUGGAGGUAUGAUGAUUAUCCUGGGGAUUGUUCCCCUUCGCAAGCGCCCGAUGUUCACGUCCUUCUUCGGCGUGGCCUUUGGGAUAUCAUCAAUCCUAGGCCCCAUCAUCGGUGGAUUAUUUACUGACAACGUGACUUGGCGAUGGUGUUUCUAUCUUAACCUGCCCAUUGGCGGCUUCACGCUAUUUGGGAUCCUUCUUUUCCUCCAUCUGGAUAACCCCAAGCGGGAGAUGCCAGGAUUCACGGCUCAACUUAAGCGUCUAGACCCAGUCGGAGUCAUCCUUUUCGUUCCUUCUAUAGUCUGCCUCAUUCUCGCGCUGGAAUGGGGGGGGACUACAUACGCCUGGUCAGCACCCAAGAUUAUCGGGCUUCUUGCUACAUUCGCGGUGCUUCUUGUGGCUUUCAUAGUCUUUGAGACCCUCACUCCAGCGACCGCGGUGGCCCCGAGCCGGGUUGUCUUGAACCGUUCAAUUAUGGGCUCCAUGGUGUUUAUUUUUCUCGCAAUGGGGGCCAUGAUGUCAAUCGUCUACUACCUCAAUAUCUGGUUCCAGGUCGUCAAGGGUGACUCGGCAAUGACCGCCGGCCUCAGCACAAUUCCCAUGGUGAUUGCGUUGGUUUUAAUGAGCAUUCUGUCCGCCGCCGUGACCCAACGGAUCGGAUACUACGUUCCAGCCAUGCUCGUUUCCCCUGUACUGUGCUCUACAGGCGCAGGUCUGCUGUCGACCCUUUCCCCAACGUCGAAUCACAGCUACUGGAUUGGCUACCAGGUGCUUUUUGGGCUUGGGGUAGGGUGCGGAUUCCAAACGUCCACUCUCGCGGCUCAGAGCGUUCUAUCUCGCGUGGAUGUCCCCACUGGGAUGGCUCUCAUGUUUUUCAUGCAGCAGAUCGGCGGCUCCAUCUUCCUUUCUGUCGAUCAGAAUCUGCUCUCUAGCAAGCUCGUAGACCGGUUGUCGGAUGUCGCCGGUCUAGAUGCCAACACAAUCGUCAACAGCGGUGCAACCAACCUACGCAAUGUUGUACCACCAAGCGAACUUAGCACGGUGAUCAACGCUUACAACUACGCACUAACUCAGAUCUUUGUGGUCGCCGCUGCUAUCAGCGCGUGUGCCAUUCUAGGUGCAGCCGGGGUAGAGUGGAAGAGUAUUAAAGGAAAAGGGGAACCCAAUAGCCAAUCAACCAGUCUGGAAAAACGGGGGGAAGAAAGGACCCAUGUAACAGAAACCGAAGGGGGUCUUGAUACCGAGGAGUCUAGGGCUAUCAUGCGCGAGAUGAGCAAUGAUAAGAGAGGGGAGGUAUAG